AUGUCGUCCACCGCGUACAAAGCCCCCGGCCGUAUCGGCAACCCGGAUCUGGACCUCGAGCACGACCCCCGAACUCGUCCGGAUCUGCUCACUGCUCUCAAGUCGAUGGGACUGGCAAGCAACUCGGUCAUGGACUGGGCGAAGACACCCGAAGAGCAGGAGCAGCAUUGCAAAGUCAGCCAUGAAGGCUUCAGUGCCGUCUACGAGCAACUUCCAAACGAUCUCCCGGGCGAUGCCUCCGAGCCUGACGUACAGCAGACCGAGAUCUCAAUCGAAAGCUUCGACGGCAGCAAAAUCAAGCUCUACGUCUACAGGGCCAAAGGGUCUGAUAACGUACCAGCUGUGUUGUACAUCCAUGGUGGAGGAGCGACGAUCUUGGAAACGACUGCGAAGCCUCACCUCCGCUGGCUCAAGUCUUUGGCCUUGAAAGGCGUGGUCGCUAUCGGUGUCGACUUCCGCAACGCUUGGCAACCCGAUGGCAAUCACUGUCAGUUUCCCACGGGACUGAACGAUUGCGCAGCAGCUGUCAGGUACGUCCAUGCUCACAAGAAGGAGUUGGGUGUCAGCAAGAUUAUCAUCCAAGGAGAGAGCGGCGGCGCAAACCUGACUCUGGCCACUGCCCUCAAAGCGAACCGCGAAGGCUGGAGUGAUAUCAUCGCGGGUGUGUACGGCGCAGUCCCGUUCAUCUCAGGAGCAUAUGGCUGGCCAAUCGAGAGGAAACUUGCAGAGCUACCAAGUCUCGUUGAGUGCGAUGGGUACUUCUUGAAUAUCCCAGGAGUAGAUGGAAUGGCUCAAUUCUAUGCUCCCAAGGAAGAAGACAAGACGAAUCCCCUGGCUUGGCCUUAUUUUGCAACAGAGCAAGAUCUUCGAGGCUUGCCGCCGCAUCUCUUGAGCAUGGACGAGCUCGAUCCGCUGCGUGAUGAGGGAAUGGCAUAUUAUCGGAAGCUUCUGGCCGCUGGAGUCAGGGUGACAGCGGAGGUCAAUCUGGGAAUCGUCCACGCUACAUCCUUGAUCUUCCGCAAGGCUGUACCUGAUGUUCAUGAAAAGGCUGUGGAGCGGAUCGUAGCUUUUGCGAAGGCUGUGUAG